UUCGUCUCGGAGUUUGGCUUCCAAUCGAUGCCGUCGGCGGCGGCGUGGGCGACGGUCACCGACGCAAGCGACUGGGCGACGACCGACGCCAUGCACGCGAUGCUCGCCUUUCGCCAACGGUCGCCCAACGGCACCGAGCACAUCCAACACCAGCUCGACUUGCACUUUGCCUCGUUGCCGACGACUGGAUCCGUGGCCGAGCGGCUGCGCGCGUACACGUGGCUCACGCAGGUGCAGCAAGGGCUCUGCUACGCGACGGCCAUUGGCACGUGGCGGCGCCUCGGGGCGACCGGCGUGCUCUAUUGGCAGCUGAACGACGUCUGGGUGGGUCCGAGCUGGUCGAGCAUCGACGUUUAUGGGCACUGGAAAGCGCUCCAUUCGAUGGUCAUCGCGCCGUUUGCGCCCCAAGCGAUUGUUGUCCACGAAGACACGACCUCGGGAAGUAUCUCGGCGACGAUCGUGAGCGAUGUCAACGCAACCACGACGGUGCGCGUCUCGCUCUAUCGCAUCUCGGCUGCCGCCAUCCCGCUAAAGGUGCUUGAUACAACGGUGGCCGUGGAUUCCGAGACGGCGGUGGUGGCGUGGCAUGCCAACAACGUAACGGACCUCUUGGCGGUCCACGACUGCAACCGCGCGGCGUGCUUUCUCACGGUCGCCAGCGCAUCGGUGGCCGAUGAGGUGUAUCACUUUUUUCGACCAUUCAAGGACCUCCCGCUGCUGCCGGCCGUCGUUGACACGACGGUUGUCGAGGCGAAUACGACGUCGUGGUCGUUCCAAGUCUCUUGUACGUCGGGUCACCUUGCCUUGUUUGUGACACUCGAGACCGCAGUCGUCGGGCAGUGGAGUGCAAACGUGAUGCACCUGCGCCCAGGGAGCUCGCGUCUUGUGGUAUUCUGGCCGGCGACGCCGACGCCACUCGCACCGGUGACGACGACACAUCUCUUUGACGCGUACACGCCAACGGCCGACGAGACGAGUGUUGACUAGGACGUUAUAUAAAAGUAUCAAGUCGACACUUCGACAUUUUGAC